CUAUAUAGCCAGAACCUGAAUGAGAGAACAGAUGGGUAAGAGAACGGACAAGUAACAGGCUCGCUGGCAGCGGUACUUACCGGUAAAGUACCGAGUGCGGAUACAGUUGGUGGCUCCAGGCUUUCAGCAAAACACCUUCGGAGUGUGGAAAGGUGUACGGGCUUGUCACGUGACUUUGUAUGUGGAGAAGCAACAUGUGCAUGUAAAGAGCAGUCAGCUCCUGCCAGCAGAGGAUCACCCUACAACAGACAUCAUCACUUCUGCCCUUGGCUCCGGCUAUUAUGCUCUCCAGGCUGUACGUGCUGGCACUGUGGCUGAGUCCGCUUGCUGUGGCAGUGGGGCCAGUAGUCCAGUGCGAGCCGUGUGACUCGAAAGCCCUGGAGCAGUGCAAGCCGCCCGGUCCGGACUGUGCCGAGCUCGUCCAGGAGUCCCUGUGUGGCUGCUGCUGGACCUGUGCCCUGACCGAGGGCAGCCGCUGCGGGGUGUACAGCCAGAAGUGCGGCACCGGACUGCAGUGUAGACCGGGACCGGACGAGCCCAAACCUCUGCACGCGCUGCUGAUGGGGCGGGGAAUCUGCGCCAAUGUCACCGGCCACCGGAGCCACUCACCGGCAGAAAAUUUCAGCAAAUCGGAUGAGGACAUGCUUCCUGACAUCAAUGACACUCAAGCACCAUCUAACACGCAGAGAAUGUUGUAUAGUAAUCCUCAGACCAAAAUAGAAAUCAUCAGGAAGGAGCAAGCCAAAAAUACUCAGCGAUAUAAAGUAGACUAUGAUCCACAAAGCACAGACAUGUUGAAUUAUUUUUCAGAAUCAAAGCAUGAUAUGGAGUAUGGUCCUUGUCGCAGAGAAAUGGAAAGUGUAUUAAAUCAUUUAAAGAUUAUGAACAUCUUAAGUCCCAGAGGAUUUCAUAUUCCAAACUGUGAUAAGAAGGGGUUUUACAAAAAAAAACAAUGUCGUCCAUCAAAAGGCAGAAAGAGAGGAAAUUGCUGGUGUGUGGAUAAAUAUGGGCAACCUCUUCCAGGAUAUGAUGUCAAUAACAAGGGUGAUACCAACUGCUUUAACUUGGAAAACAAAUGACAUCAUUAAUUGAUUGGACUGUUGGUGAUUAGUGAUUAGAAGAAAAUCGCUAAAUAAUUACUUGACCUGAAGCUGCAAACUUAACUUUAUACCAAGGCUGAAUAUUAUAUUGUGGACAUCACAGCAGAAACCUGCCACUGAUAAUCUUGCAGCUUUAGCUCUGAAUUUCCAUGUUAUUCUGCACUAUUGACCCAAAAAAAGUGACCUAAUAGAGGGGGGGGGGAAAAGCACUUCACAAUGGAUUCAGGGAGUUCUUAGCGAUGUUAAAAACAAAACUGGUCACAGGUCCUGUCUGCCUGAACAUUAUUGUUUUUUGCAAAAGAUGUGGCAAUCACUGUACAUCUCCUGGAUAAAGAUUGUUGUAUUUUUUUUUUUUUUUACUUUUUUUUUAAAUCAGUUUCCUUUUCUGCAGAUUUUUUUGGGAAGUUUAUCUGCACGGGUAACUGUUUUUUCUUAUGAGGACUUGCUAUUUUCUGUCAAAAUAUAUAUGAUUAUUAGUCUGUAUUUAAUAUAUUUUUAUAUAAACUUUAUUUAAACAUAAAUUAUACUUUUUGACCCUUUUAAAGCCUUUUCCUUUUUACAGUCUGGGUAACAAAACAAAAAAAGAAAAAAAAUACCGUAUUUAUCGGGGUAUACCACACACCGGCCUAUAACGCGCACCCUCAUUUUACCAAGGAUAUCCUUGGUAAAAUGAGGGUGCGUGUUUGUGCAUGUG